GAGUCAGAAAUACCGUCGGAAUUGACUAAUGAGGGGUACUGCGACUACAACAGUAGGCCAAAUGAGAACUCUUAUUGCUAUCAGCUGCUGCAAGAACUAAAUGAACAGAGGAAGAAAGGCAUUCUUUGUGAUGUCAAUAUUGUGGUGAGUGGGAGGGUCUUCAGAGCUCAUAAGAACAUCCUGGUUGCCGGCAGCCGUUUCUUUAAGACUCUAUACUGCUUUACAAACAAAGAAAGCCGUAACCAAACCACUGUUACCUAUUUAGAUGUUGUUGCUGUUCAAGGUUUUUCUGUCAUAUUGGACUUCUUAUAUUCCGGUAACCUUGUCCUUACAAGCCAAAAUGCCAUUGAAGUGAUGUCAGUGGCCAGCUAUCUUCAAAUGACUGAGGUUGUCCAGUCCUGUCGCAAUUUCAUUAAAGAUGCCUUAAAUAUAAGCAUUAAAUCAGAAGCUCCAGAGGCUGUAGUAGUGGAUUAUAACAGAAGAUCUGUUAGUCGGGAUGGUCUGCCUUCAUCAAGGGAUCAGAAAGUUGCCAGUUUCUGGGCAACACGGAAUCUUACUAACUUGGCAAGCAGUAUAAAAACUGAAAAUGAUGGUUACUGUAUUGAUGAGGGCCAAAUAGAAAACUAUCAAAUGAAUGACUGUAGUUGGGUCCAGGACAGCUCACCUGAAAUGGCUGAAAAUGAAUCUCAAGGAGAAGGAAAAGUGUUUGUGUGGAAUGACAUGGCCUCACAGGGACAAUCAGUUCAAGAACCAGGAAAAGCAAGAAGGAAAAACCAAACUACAAAGAGAUUUAUUUAUAAUAUACCACCUAAUAAUGAAGAGAAUUUAGAAGAUUGCUCAGUGAUGCAGCCGUCAGUCCCAUAUCCAGAAGAUUUGCAGUUUAUUAAGGAAGAACCAGUAAAAAAAAAAAAGGCUGAAUGUCUGUUUCGUGUGCAGAUGUACACUAUUGCCAAAACUGUAUUAAAACUUACAGUUCACAUUGGUGAAUACCUACUUCCUAUAAUCCUCAAGAGCCAGUUAUCAAAUAAACCAAACAAG